AGAAAAACAAGCUGCGCCAGCGAGUACGCUCUGCGUAGCAAAUUCCAUGGAUUCUUCGAACGACGACGACGGCGACGUUCUUACAGCAUUCGGAUGCUCGCCCGAGAUGGAGAAAUUCUUAUGCGAGCGGUUGGGCGACCCUGCCCAGCCGAUCUCGGAGCGCUUCAGAGCCCUCUUCUCCCUCCGAAACCUCAAAGGCCCCGCCCCUCGCAAUGCUCUUAUCGUCGCGACAAGGGAUUCGUCUAAUUUGUUAGCACAUGAGGCUGCAUUUGCGUUGGGUCAAAUGCAAGAUGUGGAAGCUAUCCCAGCUUUGGUUUCAGUGCUGAAUGAUCUUUCUUUGCAUCCCAUUGUUCGCCACGAAGCGGCGGAAGCACUGGGUGCAAUUGGGUUGGAAAGUAAUGUUCCUAUUUUGAAGAAGAGUUUGGUAUCAGAUCCAGCUAUGGAGGUUCGAGAGACGUGUGAAUUGGCUCUCAAUCGGAUUGACCAAAUGAAGGGUACUAGUGGAAAUGGUGAGGGAGGGUCGCCCUUUAUGUCUGUUGAUCCUGCUGCACCGGCUUCUUCUUGUUAUUCGGUAGAUCAACUAAGGGAAGUACUUUUGGAUGAAGAAAAAUGCAUGUAUGAGAGGUACGCAGCUCUCUUUGCACUUCGAAAUCAUGGCGGAGAUGAAGCUGUUUCGGCAGUAAUUGAUUCUUUGCAUUCAAAAAGUGCUCUACUGAAACAUGAGGUUGCCUAUGUUUUAGGCCAACUGCAAAACAAAGCUGCUUCAGCUGCUCUUUCCAAACUAAUUAGCGAUGCCAAUGAGCAUCCCAUGGUUAGACAUGAAGCUGCUGAAGCUCUUGGUUCCAUUGCAGAUGAGCAAAGUAUAACACUUCUUGAGGAAUUUGUGUUGGACCCUGAGCCUAUUGUCUCACAAAGUUGUGAGGUUGCUCUAAGCAUGCUGGAAUUUGAAAGAUCAGGAAAAUCAUUUGAGUACCUUUUCACGCAAGCUCCUUCGGUGCAUUAGAUGGUUCAAGUUUUUCAUAUUGAAGGAUGAGCAGAUGAAAAAGAGUUCAUUUUAAGAUGUCCAAGAGUUCAUAGUUCACUUUCCAGGCCUGUGUUUCUUGGUUCUGCUAAUUUAUGACUUAGUGACCUUAACUGAGUACACAAGUAUAUCCCCACUGAAUUUUUUUUCUUCUUAUUCUAAUCUAAUGAAGGUCUACACUAAUCGUCAGGAAUAUUGCAAGGUGGCUUCAGCAAUUCUCAUCAAAUGGAUGCUGUACUUGCCUAUCUUUACUUUGAUUUUUGAUAAUACAUACUAUACUCUACCUAUCAAAGGAUGAAGUUAAUAUGUUUUUUGGAUUUUUCCAGACUCUUGUUGCAUAUAAAUGAAUACACUAUGCUUAAGGACCCCAA